AUGUUCAUUAUCUUGGUAACAAUUCUUACCACGAGCGCGGCCCGUACGACACACAACUUUGUUAACAUCGAAAGUAACAGUAGACAUAACUCGGAUUCACCAGUGCUCGAUCUAAGUUUUAAAUUCGAAAACGGCAAUGGAGAUCAAUUAGUGUCAACUAACUCGUACCCGAAAGAACACGAGUUGAAAGCCAGUGAUGUAGUGUUUCCAGGUCACGGAUCGAAUAUACAUCGAAGAGUUGAUUCGAAUCACAGCUACCAAUAUCGAUAUGAAAACAGUAAUGGACAUUGGAAUAGAACAACUGUUACUGAAGCAACCCAGCUUAGCGACAGAUUUGAAGAUAAUGUAAAAGAAGAAAAUGUUUUUGAUUUUUUUAAAGAAAAAUCUACUCAGAAACCAGGAACUGUUGUUAAAGUCAAUGAGUAUGGUCAAUAUAAUAGACCACAGAAUGACUCAAAGAACAUUAGUAAACAAUUACAGGACUUAAACGUUAAACAACAGGACAGUGCAAGUAAUUAUACUGAAAGUAAUAAUACCACUAUAAACCCAAACAGCACAAAUCUAAAUACUCCUAGAAAACUUAAUUUAUACCCAACAAUUAUUUACCAAAACAACAGUAGCGUGGAUCAAAGUUCAAUAAAUCCUUAUCAAAAUUCUGUUAAAAAUAUAAAAAACAUAAAUACUGAUAAUAGAACUAAAACAAAUACUACAGAGUCUUACAAUGGAACUAUGUUCCCAAAUAUUAAUUUAGACAUAGGUGGUACUUACGGGGCUAAAACCGCACAAGAUAAUGAAGUCAAAGGAGGUGAUGAUGGUGAUAGGUGGAUUUGGAGCAAUGUUGAGACGACUACCUUGGUGCCUUUGGAUGAUAGAGCAGCGUUCGCAGGGAACAACUGUCCUGCUGGUACGGUCAGGAUAAGGGAUAGGUGCAUAGCUGAGGAUUGA